UAUGAGUAGAAAAGUGUUAGAUGAAUGGAAAAAUAUUCAAAAAAGUCAAAAAGGAUUAAAAACUCAACGGACAGAAAAUUCUGAAGAAAAUUCUGCUACUCUCUCCUCUUUUGGAUAUGAAAAAAAUCAUGGAAAUGAAGACGACAACAAAGAAGAAUCUAAUCAAUUUCAAUUGGAGGCAAAUGUCAAAAGUGACCAGCCGAAAACGCCUGUUCUUCUUAGGAAAAAAAAUCAAAAAGGAGUAAUGUUUACCAACAUUCAGGAUGGUGAUAACAUCGAUAAUCAACACGUAGAAAUUUACGAUAUAGAAGAAGAGGAAAAACAAGUCAAGGAGGAUAUUGAGAAUGAUAAAAAUAGAAAAAGUGCUUUUUCCUUCAAGCGACGAAAAAGUCGACUGGCUUCCGUUUAUCUGGAGGAGAAACUCAUGAGACGAUCCCUUUCAAUAUGCGGAGGUCUUGUACAACAUUACAUAAGCCCGGAUCAGAAAUAUAUGGGCGUAAAGGCGAUCAUUUUCUUCCUAGUAGGUCUAAUUAUAUGUACUAUAGCUUUUGGAUUUAGUUAUAUAGGGAAACUAGCCUUGAAGAGUAAAGAGGAUGAUAAAUGGCCAACAGUAACUGGCUUUAUAAUAAUGAUUGUAUUUUCAAUGGUAUUUUCAAUGACUCUGUUGUUUAGUCCUAUGAUGAGAUGUAUUGGAGCGCUGAUGGUUCCCGCCAUUUUCAGUAUAAAUAACGGGGAAAUUGGUGGUAAACAGGCAAUUUGUCUGUAUAAUCAAUCGAAGCUGACUCUGCAACAAGUUCAAAGCGAUAUAAAAGAGGAAUGGAACGGCACGAUCGAAACUUUUAAGAAAUUUACAGGAACGUGGAAAGGAAUAAUGAAAGAAUUAAGUCGUGUUAUUAAAAAUUUUGCUUAUGGAAAUCUGUGCGAAAAUGGUCCAAUUGAAUUUCAAUUUAACAUUAGAGGAAAACGCUAUAAAAUAGACGCCUGCUAUUUAACAAACGAUAGCGUUCCUAUUGUACCAAAAAUCCAAAUUAUACACAAGGGACCAAAAGUCGAAAGUCUGAAAAAGUUUGCUCACAUCCUUAGCGAACUAUGCCCUUUGGCGGUUCUGCUCAUUCUCUUACAGGCGAUUCUAUAUAGGCGAGGAUAUCUUGGACGACUCAACUACGAGAAUGUUUUUAUCACAAAGUAUUUUGUUGAACUGGACAAGAAGAAGGCGACAAUUGAUGAGAAUCUUAAAGUUUUACCACUGAGGCGUAGGGAGAGUCUUAAAUACGGAUUCACUACGAAAUGUAUUGCAGGCUAUACAAGAAGGGAAUUAAGGGGAAUGGUUAUACCGGUAGUAACCUUUUUGUGUUCUUUAUUAAUUGGAAUAACGGCCUAUGCGGGAGAUUUUUUCUUUCAUUUUAUAUUAGACAAAAUUCAACAGCAAUUAACCGAUGGUGUUACAGUUACAUCUUCAAGUCCUAUAGGCUUGAAUCAAACAAACGUUAAGCCAAUUGUAUCGAAAUUAUUCGAUUCGGUCUAUAGUGGUUUAAAUAUUGAUAAUAAAACUGUUGAAAUAAAUAUUACCAGAUGUCGAAUGGAAUUGAAUCAUCCCGCCUACCGACAAGAGGGUUUUAAAGUUAUUAUUGUCCUAUACGCUAUCUAUUUUCUUCUAGUUCUCCUACAUCCUGGUGGCUCUAGGGUUCAAAGAUAUAUUAUGUCCGUAUUCCAUCCCCAGCAAGAAAAGAGACGAAUACAAUACCUUCACUAUACAAUUAGAGCAAAGAGAAUGAGCCUAUUCCAUUUGAUAACGACAGGUCUAAGAAAGAAGCCAACAAUAACGUUUAAACAGUGGCUAUCGUUGAAAUUUCCAACAUUGAAAAAAUGCUUUGCCUGCCUGAGAAGUGAUGUAUGCGACAUAUGCUCUGCAGUUUCUAUGAAUAUAGUAUUUAUAACUAAAUAUAAAGUUUGUAUAUGCUGCCAAAGGAAGCUAGUGAACGAAAAAGGAGAAAAGAAUUGGUCUCUUACACGCGGAAAGUCGAUCUAA